AUGGAGUGAUGAAUUAACUUUUUUAAAGAGGAUUCAAGAGAAGGAAAGAUGAGUUGGAGGAUUUUGUGUUUCCUGGAAGAGAUUUUUUCUGUCCUUCAAUUUUGUUACGAACCAGAGUUUUGAUUUUGCAAUCUUGGGAGAGAAAAUCUUGAGAUUCGAGAAAUGAAGAAGAGAGAAAACAGCAAAAUUUUGAACUUUAGAGAUGAUAAAUCCAACCGAGGGUUUCAGAAAGAAUAUCGAAAAUACCAGACAACAAUCAGGGGACGAAAAUGAGUAUGCAAGGCUAGUCAAACCGGGCGAGACUAGUGCAGGUGAUACCAGUGCAUUACCAAUCCCUGAAACCACACAGCACGGACCACUUACGUGGUGGAAGAAGGCCUUAUUUUUCAGCUUUCUUUUGAUAAUACUUUGUUUCGUUCUUGUGAAAUGGGGUAUUCCUUUUGUUUUUGAGAAGAUUCUCAUUCCAUUGAUGCAAUGGGAAGCAACAGCAUUUGGGCGGCCAGCUCUUGCUCUUAUACUCGUGGCCUCUUUGGCUCUGUUCCCUGUCGUCCUCCUUCCUUCAGGCCCCUCAAUGUGGCUGGCCGGAAUGAUUUUUGGUUAUGGAUUUGGCUUUCUAAUAAUCAUGGUUGGAACUACAAUUGGUAUGGUUCUGCCCUACUUGUUUGGCUCAUUAUUCCGCGAAAGACUACACGCAUGGCUGAUGAGAUGGCCCAGGGAGGCAUCUGUAAUAAGGUUAGCAGGACAAGGAAACUGGUUCCAACAAUUUCGAGUCGUCGCUGUCUUCAGAAUCUCACCUUUUCCAUACACAAUAUUCAACUAUGGUAUCGUGGUGACUGAUAUGAGGUUUGGGCCUUAUCUUUGUGGCUCCAUAGCUGGGAUGAUACCUGAAGCUUUCAUUUACAUCUACAGCGGUCGGCUGAUUCGAACUCUUGCUGACAUGAAAUAUGGAAGCUAUAGAAUGAGUCCUCUGGAGAUAGCUUACAAUAUCUUCUCCUUUGUAGUUGCUGUUCUCUUAACCGUCGGCUUCACCAUUUAUGCGAAAAGAGCUUUCGACAAUCUUAAAUUUGCCGAAGACGACGAUAAAGAAACUGUCGGUCGCCAACAAGGUAUCGAAUUUGAGAAACUACCACAAGAAAAACCGAAGAAAUUUUCGUUUCCUUCUGGCAAUUUGCAUGUUUUCAGAAACAGUGCACAGCAACAAUUUGGGAUAUCGAAUGCUUCACCUGUCUGAUGCCUAACAAACACAAACAGGAGGGUUAUGAUACCUUUUUUUUAGAAGAUUUACUUGCAUACCACUCUAUUCUUAUGCAUUUACAUAUCUAACACCUAAACUUUAUUAUCUACAUACAUUCCAUCUUCCCUAUGCUUGAACAGGCGUGUUUCUAAAAAGUUAAAAUGGUGGUACUCUUGAUGUGAUAUGAAAGAUAUGGGUGGUAUAAAUGUAAAAAGUCAAG